UUUAAAAAAUAUAUAAUCUAAUAAAAAUAUCAUUUAUCAAAGACAGAAAAUUUUCUUUAUUUUUUGAAAACUUAUAUAAAACUUAUUCCUAAUUCUAAUAGCAUCCGUUAGAGUACGCUGAUAUAUUAUGUUGACCAAUCAAAAAGGCAGACAAUUUUGAGCCGGCGUCAAAUCAGUCAUGUUUGUAUAUACAUGUUUCUUUAGUUUGCAAGAUGUAGAUUUUGUUUAUAUUAUUGAACAUGUACAUUUGAUUCUCUUAAUCUUUUCGCCUAUUAAUGCAAAGUGUUCUUAAAAAUUGUAUUAUAUUGUUUUACACGCUUCAAGUACUUCAACAAAUAGUGAUAAGAUAUUAAAUAACUCGUAUAAAAUAUAAUUAAUAUAUUUUACAUUAAAUAAGGAUAUAAAAGUGUACAGUUAUAUUUUCUUUUGUGUAGUAAAAUAUACAUGAAAUAUUGAAUAAACAUAAAAAAAUAGAUGAAAUUAAAUAUCGUAAAGUUAUCGAAACAUUAAAUUAAUUAUUAAUUAUUAAAAUUAAUUAUCGUUGCUGGAAAUUAACUAUAGAAGAAUAGUUAAUUAUUUGAAAUUAUAAAAUUCUUUAAUAAUAUAAUAUAUUCAUAUAUACAUAGUAAAUGCAAGUGAAUAUAUAAUUGCAAUAAAUAGAAACAAAGAAAAAAAUAUUUAUUUUUAUAAAACAAAUCUUUUUGCAUAUUCUAUAAAUCUAUAAAUCAUAUCUGAUUUUUAAAAUUUAUUUUAUUACAUAUUUUAUUAUACAUAAAUAUAAUUUCUAAUUCAAUAAUUCUUUUAAUGAAAUUACUUCUUACAUCAUAUAUUAUUAUAUUAAAUUUUUAAAUAAAUAGAAAUUUUCUUUUUAUAAAAAGAAAUGAUAAUAUUAAUUAUUAUAUAUUAAUGUAAAAGUAUAUAAAAUGGCAUCUUCUGAAAUUGAUGAUUUAUUGUCUGGGCCUUUAGUAACAUGGUUUGCUAGUUGCUUAGAGGAUCCUAAUUCAUUGACUAGUUAUGAUGAUUUAGUGGGUGGUGUAUUAUUACACAAUGUAUUUUUGCAAAUAGAUCCAGAACCACUAUAUAAUGAAGUUAUACCUCCAGAAGGAAAUCCAUUAAUUCGCACAAAAAAUUUAAAAGUUAUUGUAGAUAAUAUGAAACAAUUUUAUGAAGAAGAAUUAGGUCACUUACUUCUAAAGUUACCAGAUACUGUGAACUUAGGCAAAGAACCACAAUUAUAUAUUGCUGAAAUGAAAUUAUUAUUAUUAUUACUCCUUGGUUGUGCUGUUCAAUGUCCUAAUAAAGAAAAAUUUAUUACAAAUAUAAAAACAUUAAAUGUUGAUACUCAGCUUGCAAUAGUAGAAUGUAUUAAACAAGUUACAGAUCAUCAAGAUAUAGUUAUCACUCAAGAUGCAAUGGAGAAUGUAAAUAUGGGAUAUUUAUUUACAGAAAUAAAAAAUAUGUCUCAAGAAUUAGAUUUAUAUCGUCAGAAAUGGAGAGAUACUAUUAUAAAUGAAAGUGUUGAAAGAAAUGAUUCAUCAAUUAAUGUUGAAGCUGAAGAAAUAAAUAAAGUACAACAAUCUAAUCCUGUUAUUAAAUCAGAACGAGAAGAAAAUCAUCAUUAUGCAGUUGAAUUGGCUGAUUGGAAAUCAAAAGUUAGAAAACAACGUCAAGAAUUAGAAGAAAAAACAGAAGCAUUGUUGGAAUGUAAAGAAGAACUUGAGUAUCAUAAAAUAUUAGUAACUAAAUUAAAGCAAGAGAAUCAAGAAUUGAUGCAUGAAGCACGCACAGCAAAAUCUUAUAGAGAUGAAUUAGAUGCUGUAAUUGAAAGAGCAGAUCGUGCUGAUCGAUUGGAAUUAGAAGUAGUAAGAUAUAGAGAGAAACUGACAGAUAUAGAAUUUUAUAAAACACGUAUAGAGGAAUUACGUGAAGAUAAUAGAGUUUUAAUGGAUACUAGAGAAAUGCUUGAAGAUCAAUUAAAUUCAUCGAGAAGAAGGGCGGAUAAAGUAUUGGAACUUGAAUCUGAAAUUAUUAAAUACAAACAAUUAUUGAAUGACAUGGCAUUAGAACGUGCGGCUGAUAAAGAAAAAUAUCAAGAAUUAGUUGAAGAAAAUACUCAAUUGCAUAAAUUAACAAAAGCUGCUGCAAAUGAAGCUGCCUUAUCUAGCUCUAUAAGUGAUUCUGAAGAACCAGCACAUGCUGAUAACAGAUUAUCUGAACAAUUAACAAAUAAUGCACAAACACGAGCUCUAAAAUUAGAAUUGGAAAAUCGUCGAUUGGUUACUUUAAUAGAUUCUUUAAAAGAAAGUUCAUUUCAUGAAAAUUCAUCUCGUGUAUUGGAAUUAGAAAAAGAAAAAAAGAAAUUAUCUUUAAAAAUUGAGUCAUUAAAUGACAAUAUUGAAAGAUUGACUCAACAAAAUUCAGACUUGGAAUUAGUAUGGAAACAAGCAUUAGAGGAAAAUAAAAAAUUACAAAAUUCAUUAAAAAAUCAGAGAGCAUCAUCUGAGAAACAACAACAAGAAUUUCAAACUCAACAUACAAAAAUGAUAGAAUUGGAAAAAAAUUAUGACAUAGCGGUGAAAGAAAAACAACGUGUUCAAUCUUUAUUAGAAAGCGUUCAAAGACGAGCAGAUGAUUUAGAACGUAGUUUAGAACUUGCGAAUCAAAAAAUUGAAGAAUUAAAAAUUAUCGAAAAUAAUAUAAAAGAAAUUAAUUCUAAAUGUCUUGAUCUUGAAUCAAAACUUGUGGCAGUAGAAAAAGAAAAAGAUAUAGCACAACGCGAUAUUCAUCGAUAUCGAGAAACGAUAGAAGAUAAGGAUGUUGCAUUGGAUAAAGCAACAAAUACUAUUGAGGUUUUAGAAAGAAAAAUAACACAACUUGAACAGGAACUUCAUGAUUCUGUUACACAAAUUUCAAGGUUACAAGAAAUUGAAAGAUCUAGUAAAGAAUUAGAUUCACGAGCGGCGAUCGAUAGGGAAACGUUAGAAAUUUUACAGUCGAAUUUAGUAGCUGAAAAAUUGAAUACUCAACAACUAUGUACAGUUUUAGAAAAGCUUGGUCUCAGUGAUAAUAUGUUAUUAUCUCUUCCAUUGGAUAAUAUUAUUAAAAAAAUUGCACAAAUUCCGGAGGUUAUUGAUUAUAUAUUGAAAUCAAAUAAUUCCUGUUCUAAUGAAAAAUUAGUACCUGAGUCUAUAAAUUCCGAAAAUACUGUAACUAGCAGUAUUCAUAAUACAUUAGAAGCGACAGUAGAAUCACUUAAAAAAGAACAAGAACAUUUAAAUAUGAAAUUAAUUACUGCACAAACAGCAUCAGAAAGUUUUUUAUCUGAAAAUGCGAAACUUCAAGUACAGAUAACAACAUUACAAUCCCAAAAUAAUUCUUUAACAGCACAACAUACAGCAUUGCAAUUGGCAAAUUCGCAACUUGUUGCUGAAAAAGAAGAGUUAUUAAAAGAACGAAGCGCACAACAACAAGCACACACACAACUUCUUCAUGAUCAAGUCACUUUGCAAUCAUUGCAUGAACAAUUAAAUAAUGAAUAUGAAAAUUUAUUCCAUGAACAUGAUGCUUUGAAAUCAAAUUUACGAGAUGUAAAAAAUGAAAUUAGAAUGUUACGCGAAUCUUAUGAAGGGUUAAAAGGAAGAAAUAAGAUAUUGCAAACUGAAAAAGAAUCAUUGGUCAGUGAUGCGAAAAGUUUAAAUAAUUUAAGAGGAGAACAUUCAAAACUCAAGGAUGAUUUUAGAAAUUUGUACACUGCUACAGAGAAAUUGAAAAUGGAAUAUAGAAAUUUACAGGAAGAUUAUCGGAAAAAUAAAAUUGAAACAAAUCGAUUAAGUUUAAAAUUAACAGAAAUGCAAGGUGAACUUAGCAGCAGAGAUGAAAGAUGUUCGAAUUUAGAAUUUCAAAUCAAUACAUUAAAUCAACGAUGUGAGAUGCUAUUACAUAUGAAUUCCGGCUUAGAUAAUGAUAGACGAUCAUUAAUGGAUCAUAUUAGUUUAUUGUUUAGUCAAUAUCAUGAACUCUUAACUCAUUCACUUGAAGAUAAAGAACAUUAUCAUAUGGAAGAGAAAAUGUACACGGAUAAAGUGAAUCAUCUAUAUAGGCAAAAAGAAAAAUUGGAAGAUAAGAUUAUGGAACAUUAUAGAAAAUUAGAAAGUUGCACUCCAAAAAAAAAAGGAUUUGGAGCUAAUUUUGUGCGAAGAGUUCGGAAAGUUGGGUCUGAGUUCCUUAAUAAGAAUCGACGAUCUUGGGCGGAAGAUUCCAAACACUCAGAAGGAAAAACUUAUGAAUCAGAAUCUGGUGGAAAUGAUUCCGAUGCUAGUACAGAAGAUCAUCGCAUAGCAGGAUCAACUAGAGGUCUUGGAUCGGAUGCAUUGUCUCUUGGUCAUCCAGGAACUAGAAGAACAGUAUAUUAUACUGAUGAUUCUCCACCACCAUCAAGUACAUUACCAGAACAGGGAGACGAUAGACGUUCUAUAUUAUUAGAACAAACUUCAAGAUCGGAAGUGCAAGUAGAACCACGACCGGUUCUGAUAUACAAUAAAGUAUCAGCAGUUAUAAAUGAAUCAAAAAAUCUUAAUAAUAGCGGAAUGAAGAAUGUAGGACAAGAGGAAACAAUGAUGGAAACGCCUGUGGAUAAAGAUUCAAAAACAGGCAAUCAAGUAUGGUACGAAUAUGGUUGUGUAUGAUUUUAUAUUAUUUGCGUGCUUCCAUUUAUUUGCGUGCUUGUUACGAAAAUUGCAUUUUUAAAAUUACAUAAUAUAAAUAGAUUAUUUACCAUUGUAAUCCAACGAAUAUUUUAUAAAAAUUCGUAUAAACGCUUGAAUAUUUUAAGACUUCAUAUAUUACUAAUUUUAAUUGAAUGUUUACGAGUUCCUAGAAAGUUUUUAUAAUGAUAAUAUAAUAAUUGAUAGUUUAUGUCAAAUAUGACUUUAAUAUUUAUUUUAAAUAUUUGAAUGUCUUUUUUUUAAUAUGACUAUGCAUUUAUUUUAAUAUAUAUAAAAGUUGAUAAAUAAUCAACAAUGUACUAUGUAAAUGUAUAAUCUGUAAGUGAUAAUGCGAAAAUAUUUUUUUUUAAGAAUGAUGUAACAAAAUUAUGUAUAGUAUUAAGUAUGAACUUAAAUAUUGAAUAUUGCCGU